AUGACAGGGGCAAAGAGAAAAAAGAAAAUUGUGCUCUGGAGCAAGAUGCAUAUGCCCCAUUGUGAAGACUUUAAACAGUGGUGUAGAAGGCGGCUACCUAUUUUGGAAUGGGCAACACAUUAUAAUCUGAAAGAAAACUUGCUUCCAGACACUGUGUCUGGGAUAAUGCUGGCAGUUCAACAGGUGACACAAGGGUUGGCCUUUGCUGUUCUCUCAUCUGUGCACCCCGUGUUUGGUUUGUAUGGGUCUCUUUUUCCUGCCAUCGUUUAUGCCAUAUUUGGAAUGGGACGUCAUGUUGCCACAGGCACCUUUGCCUUGACAUCGUUAAUAUCAGCUAAUGCAGUGGAACGGCUUGUCCCUCUGAACAGUCAGAACCUUAUCACACAGAGUAACACAAGUGUGCUGGGCUUAUCUGACUUUGAGAUGCAAAGGAUUGGUGUUGCUGCAGCUGUUUCCUUCUUGGGAGGUGUGAUUCAGGUGGCCAUGUUUGUGCUACAACUGGGUAGUGCCACAUUCCUCCUGCUUACAGAACCUGUGAUCAGUGCGAUGACAACUGGGGCUGCCACCCAUGUUGUGACUUCACAAGUCAAAUAUCUCUUGGGAAUGAAAAUGCCAUAUAUAUCUGGACCACUUGGAUUCUUUUAUAUCUAUGCAUAUGUCUUUGAAAACAUCAAGUCUGUGCGACUGGAAGCACUGCUCUUAUCCUUGCUGAGCAUCGUGGUGCUUGUUCUGGUUAAAGAGCUGAAUGAACAGUUUAAAAGGAAAAUUAAAAUUGUUCUUCCUAUUGACUUAGUCUUGAUUAUUGCUGCAUCAUUUACUUGUUAUUGUACCAAUAUGGAAAACACAUAUGGAUUAGAAGUAGUUGGUCAUAUUCCAAAAGGAAUUCCUCCACCUACAGCUCCCCCAAUGAACAUCCUCUCUGCAGUAAUCACUGAAGCUUUUGGAGUGGCACUUGUAGGCUAUGUGGCCUCACUGACUCUUGCUCAAGGAUCUGCCAAAAAAUUCAAAUAUUCAGUUGAUGACAACCAGGAACUUUUGGCCCAUGGCCUCAGCAAUGUGAUUCCUUCAUUUUUCUUCUGCAUACCAAGUGCUGCUGCCAUGGGAAGGACCGCUGUCCUAUAUAGCACGGGAGCAAAGACACAGGUGGCUUGUCUAAUAUCUUGCAUUUUCAUCCUGAUAGUCAUCUAUGCAAUAGGACCCUUGCUUUACUGGCUGCCUAUGUGUGUUCUUGCAAGUAUUAUUGUCGUGGGACUGAAGGGAAUGCUAAUACAGUUUCGGGAUUUAAAAAAAUAUUGGAAUGUGGAUAAAAUUGAUUGGGGCAUAUGGGUCAGUACAUAUAUAUUUACAAUAUGCUUUGCUGCCAAUGUGGGGCUGCUGUUUGGUGUUGUGUGUACCAUAGCUAUUGUGAUUGGUCGUUUCCCAAGAGCAAAGACUCUGAGUAUAAAAAAUAUGAAAGAAAUGGAAUUUAAAGUGAAGACAGAAAUGGAUGAUGAAACCCUGCAGCAGGUGAAAAUUAUCUCAAUAAACAACCCACUUGUUUUUCUGAAUGUAAAGAAGUUUCAUACUGAUCUAAUGAACAUAAUCCAAAAAGAAAAUGCCAGCAACCAGCCACUUGAUGAAAUCAGCAAGUGUGAACAAAACACAUUGCUCAAUUCUCUAUCCAAUGGCAUUUGCAAUGAAGAAGCAACACAGCCCUGCCUGAAUCAGAAGUGUUCUUUAAUCCUAGAUUGCAGUGGAUUGACCUUUUCUGACUAUUCUGGAGUCUCCAUGCUUGUUGAGGUUUACAUGGACUGCAAGAACAAGAGUGUGGAUGUAUCAUUAGUCCACUGCACAGCUUCUUUGAUAAAAGCAAUGAAAUACUGGGGAAACCUAGAUUCAGAGAAACCAAUUUUUUUUGAAUCAGUAUCUGCUGCAAUAAGUAACAUCCACUUAAAUAAGAAUUUGAGCAAACUCAGUGACCACAGUGAAAUCUGA